UUAUCGACUGAGUAGUGUAACGUAAAUAAAUGUGAAGUAUGUGCAGUGUAAGAGUAUAUACGAGUACAAACGAAAACUUGAUAGUUGUGAUAUUAUGAUUUGAUUUUUUGUUCAUCUUUUUAUCAUAAGAAGUAUCACUACAAACAAGCAAAAUUUUAGCCACGUUCAGUGUAAUCUGUCGUUUUGGAAAACGAAAUAUUUCAGAAAGAGUGAUCAAAAUGAAUAGCAUCUUGAAGGAUGGCUUUGUUGGUGAAAAGAACUUAUGUCCCUAUAAGGAAAAAUGCUACAGGAAAAAUCCUGUCCAUUUUACUGAAAUGGCACAUCCACACUUGGAGAAAUUAGUGAUUGAUCAAUUAGAUGAAGCUAUAAUGUUACCAAAUGAUGUGGGCUUUGAAUGCCCAGAUCGAUCACAGCUGCUGGAUCAGCUGAAAGUUUUACAAAUGGUUUUGAAAAAAGAAAGAGAGAAAAGUGGAGGUACAGCAUCAUCGUUGUCAUCAGAAAAAGUUGCUACUCCGGCAAAGGCAAGUAGCCGCAAAACUCCAAAAAAAGCAAAAGAACUAGAAAAUUUAAAAGCAAAAAUAGAAAAACAUAAACAGGUUGCACUGCAGAAAAGAGAAAGCAAAUUAAUGGAAAUGGAUGCUAAAGCUGCUAAGAGUGAUAACAAGUCUGAUUCACAAAAAAUGUCAGAAAAUCGUAAGAGGGCUUCACCAAAUACUAGUAGUGACAGCAACCCUAUUAAAAAGGCCAAGAGUAAUGAAAAAAUAGAUGCUCAUAAUUCUAGUUAUUCAAGUGUGGAUUCCCAGAGCUCAAGUUCUCAAAGUUCCAGUUCCCAAAGUUCAAUAGAACGAGUUACAAUUACGAGUCCAAAAUCAUACAUAGAGAAUUUUGUAGCAUCCAAUGACAGAAAGUUAAGAGAAAAAAUAAGGGACCAAGCUGUUGCAAGAAUGAGACAAGGGGGGCAAAAAGUUACUCUGUGUGAGCCUGGGGAAUUUGCUCUGAAAUAUGCACUAUCAGCUCCUUAUCAUUAUUUUUUCAACAAAGUAGAAAAGUCAAAAGUCACACAUGAACAACAAUUCACUGUAAGUUUUCCAGAAUUGUUAGAUAUCAGUUUAGGGGAAAUAGUAGAUAGCCUUCACAUAAACUUCAUGGUGGAAAUUGGAUGGCUUUGUCUUCAAUAUUUAUUAGCAGCUCAAAAUCCAAAAAUGACUAUCUUUUGUGGUUCAGUCUGUGAUCCUAACGUUGCAUUGCCAUCCAAUAUUACUUUAGUAGAAGUUAAUAUGCCGGCAGCAUUUGGAUGUCAUCAUUCAAAAAUAUCAGUUUUUAAAUACAGCGAUGGUGGAAUAAGAAUUGUUGUUUCAACUGCUAACAUCUACAGUGAUGACUGGGAAAAUAGAACUCAAGGGCUCUGGAUGUCUCCGCAUUUGCCUCCUUUACCAAAUUCAGCUAAUCCCAGUGACGGUGAAUCUCCAACAAACUUUAAGAAAAGCUUUAGAGAAUAUUUAAAUGCUUAUAGAAACCCAAAACUUGUUGAAUGGGAGAAUUUGGUUAAAAGAGCAGAUUGUUCUGCUGUCAAUGUAUUUUUUGUAGCUUCUAUACCUGGAAGUCACAAAGGCUUGAGCUUAAACAGUUGGGGCCACAGAAGACUUGCUGCUAUAUUGAAUGAACAUGCAGUUCUGCCUCCAGAUGCUCCACAAUGGACAAUAAUUGCUCAAAGUUCUAGCAUAGGAAAUUUAGGACCUACUUUUGACAGCUGGAUACAAUCUAAUAUAGUAUUUUCAUUGUCAAGAGAAAAAGCCAAAGGGAUCAAAAGUAAUCCAAACUUUCACUUUGUUUAUCCAUCAUUGAGAAAUUAUGAAGGAAGUUUUGAUUGCAAAGCAGGUUCAUGUUGUCUGCCAUAUAGUAGAAAAAGCCAUGAAAAGCAAGAGUGGUUAAAAAAUUAUUUAUAUCAAUGGAAAGCAGAUGAAACUGGUCGAACGAAAGCAAUGCCUCAUGUAAAGUCUUACACACGGAUUUCACCAGAUUUAACACAGAUUCCAUGGUUUGUUUUAACAAGUGCCAAUCUGAGCAAAGGUGCCUGGGGAACAACUGCAAAAACAGGAGUUUCUCAUUACAUUAUGAAUUAUGAAGCAGGAGUUGUUUUUAUACCGAAAUUUGUUAUCAAUCAACAGACGUUUCCUAUAAAGACUUCAAGUUCUCCAGAUAUUCCAGUAUUUCGACUACCUUACGACCUUCCAUUAACGCGGUACCGGCAAAAUGACGUACCUUUCGUCAUAGAUUUCCUCGCUGAAUAAGUAGAGAUCACUCGCAGAAAAUAGCCUUGAGGGUCUGUAUUAUGUGUACUUAUCAAAAUCGUUAUAAGAAAAGCUGAUAUCGAUAAAGUACUCCUAAAAAUAAUGUAAAACUUUAACGAUUGUUACAAACUUGAUUUUUUUGUGUAUAUUUAUUUAAUUUAUUACAAAAUAAGACGUGAAAUAUUUUCACAA